AUGAGCGGUCCUGAAAUUACCGCUGCCUCGGCGUCGGUUGGCGAGUAUGGGGAUAGGAAAAGAACCGAGUUUAUCAAGGUGCAGAAUGAGGAUGAGCUGCGGUUGGCCCAGAUGGGGCAUAAACAGGAGUUGCAGCGCCAUUUCUCGCUUUGGAGUUUGAUUGGACUGGCGGCGAAUUGUACUAUUUCAUGGACAGGUCUCGGCUUGGGUUUAAUGACUGCGAUUAAUGCAGGGGGUCCUGGCGCCCUGAUAUAUGGCUUCAUCCUCGUUUUUAUCCUUCAAUGUUUCGUCGGCGCUUCCCUAGCAGAAUUUGUAUCGGCAUACCCCACAGAAGGAGGAAUGUAUCAUUGGAUUGCUGCGAUUGCCCCCAAACGAUAUAAUAGCUUGCUCAGCUUUGCCACUGGCUGGUGCACUGUGUUCGGAUGGAUAUUCACAACUGCAUCAACCAAUUUGAUUUAUGCUACAACCACCAUGGCGUUGAUUGCUCUUUAUCAUGAUAACCUGGUGGUUCUCCCGUGGAUGACUUUCGUCGCAUAUCAAAUCCUCAAUCUCGUGACUGCAGGCGUUGUCAUGUUCGGAAAUCGGUUGAUUCCGACGCUCAACAAGUUUUCAUUGGUCUACCUGCAAUUGGCCUGGUUUGUUACCAUGGUGGUUGUGGCUGCGAAAGCCCCAGUUCACAAUGACAGCAAGUUUGUGUUCCGUACCUGGAUCAACAACACUGGCUGGGACAACAAUGUUAUCUGCUUUAUCACUGGACUGGUAAAUCCAAUGUACUCACUUGGAGGUCUCGAUGGAAUUUCGCACAUCACGGAAGAAAUGCCCAAUCCUGGAAGAAAUGCCCCUCUGGGAUUAGCUAUAACCUUGUCAAUUGCGUUCGUGACCGGACUAUCAUAUCUGCUCAGCCUGAUGUAUUCAGUUCAGGAUUACGACACUUUGGCUAACACACAUACUGGUCUUCCUCUUGCUGAGCUCUUUUGGCAAGCAACAUCUACAAGAGGUGGAGCUUUCGCACUGGUAUUCAUGGUGUGGGUUGCUCUUGGGCCCUGCGUCAUCGGUUCACAGUUGAGUACUGGGCGAGUAUUCUGGGCAUUUGCCCGUGAUGAUGGCCUGCCUUUAUCGAAGAUCUGGGCCCGAGUCCACCCCAAGCUGGGCUCGCCAUUCAAUGCACAGCUCUGUGUUACCGUGAUCGUCGGCCUUCUUGGCUGCAUCUACUUGGGAUCAAGCACAGCAUUCAAUGCAAUGAUGAGUUCUGCCGUGACAAUCAACAAUUUUGCCUACCUUGUGCCAAUUCUGACGAACGUUCUCUUGUUCCGUCGAACUAUGCACCGUGGUCCGUUCUUCAUGGGUCAGACGUUGGGAAUGACCGUGAACAUCGUUUCCCUGGCGUGGCUGGUGUUUGCCAUCGUCUUUUUCUCGUUCCCGUACCAGAAGCCUGUAACCGUUACAAACAUGAACUAUACAUGUGUUGUUGUAGGCGGGUUUUUAUUCAUUGAGCUUGCUUGGUGGCUCAUCGCUGGAAAAAAGUAUUCUGAGACUGUGCAGCGCGCCAAAGAAGAAGGAACUAGUGAAACAGUGGUGAUUGGCGAUGGAAAGUCCGAUGAUUGA